GAGUCGUCCGCCAAACUCAGAACGCGUGCAGCCAGCAUCCACGCAGGACAGCAGCGUUCUUCUUCCACCCGUGGAUUUUAUUGUUCUUACGAUCUCAGUGCAUUGGAUUCUCUCCUCCACAUCCACAUCACUUCUACAAUCGUGUCGCCUCUUUUUUUGUGUGGAAUCACUCUUCCCCCCCAUCCACCCAUCGCAUCUCUUCCCUGCCCUCCUUCCUUCCCCGCGAGCAUCAUCCUUCCUCGGAUAACUUUUCCGCCCUGAACCGAACCCUAAACAGGUCCCUUCCCCGGUUGGCAGGUGAUUGGUCUCUGGGCAAGGGAAAACAAGGGGUCUGUUACAUGGGGCGCGCGGCGGCGUCGUUUGGAAAAUGCUCCGCAGUUGGCGUGUGAGCGCCCCGCGGAAGCAGCCGGGAUCGGAGUCGCUGUCGUCGGCGCGCGUCUCUCGGUGGUGCCGCCGCCGCCGCCGGGGCGGCAGCGACAGCGGCCAGUGAGCGGCGACGAUGGUGCGUCCCGCGGCAACGGCGGCGGCUGAGCUCGGACGGCCGCGUCGCUGGAGCGGCGCCAGCGGAGGCUGGCUUCGGAUCACGCUCCUCUCCUUCCUCGCCACUUGGCCCGUGGAGCAAUUGCGCGCCUUCCCGUCUUCCCUCAGCGACUGCCAGACGCCCACCGGCUGGAACUGCUCGGGUUUUGACGAGCGAGACACGGACCUGUUUUUGUGCGACACCAAUACGUGCAAGUUUGACGCCGAGUGCCUCAGAAUUGGGAACAUGGUGACUUGCAUUUGUGACUUCAAGUGCAACAACGACUAUGCUCCAGUUUGCGGCUCCAACAAUCAAAACUACCAGAACGAGUGUUAUCUGCGAAGGGACGCCUGCAAGCAGCAGUCUGAAGUACUGAUUCUGUCGGAGGGAGCCUGUCCCGUGGAUGCCGGCUCAGGAUCAGGAGAUGACGGAGGAGAGGGCUCGGCGGAAGCGGGUCAGAAGGAAACAUCCACCUGUGACAUUUGUCAGUUUGGGGCCGAGUGUGACGUGGACGCAGAGGACGUUUGGUGCGUGUGCAACAUCGACUGUUCCCACAUCAGCUUCAAUCCAGUGUGUGCCUCAGAUGGUCGUUCCUAUGACAACCCCUGCCAGGUGAAGGAGGCCUCCUGUCAGAAGCAGGAACGCAUCGAGGUCAGGCACCUGGGACACUGCCAAGAUGGGAACAAAGGCGGAGAUAGACAUUUUGCACCCACCGACAUCACCGGAAACGGACAAGCAGAUGGACUGUACACGCCUUGUCCAGAUCUCUACAAGAACUACUGCGUACACGGAGACUGUCAGUUCCCAAGUAUACCUGCCCAGCCCUCAUGCAGCUGCCACUCAGGUUUCAGCGGACCCCAGUGCGACACCAAAGAGUACAACGUGCUCUACGUGGUCCCGGGCUCUGGCAAACUGCACUACGUUCUCAUCGCCUCCAUCAUCGGAGCACUGCAGGUGGUCAUCAUCUGUGUGGUGGUGCUCUGCAUUACCAGAAAGUGCCCUCGCUCCAACAGGAUCAACCGGCAGAAGCAAAACAAUGUCCACUUCAGCUCCGAGAACACCAUGCGCGCCUCCACUCGACUUAUCUGAGCCUGUCGGAAGGAUCGGCCGUACGCUUUCCGGAAGGCGUGUCUCGUUAAAUGUCCCCCGUCCGCCACACUUUGUAGAGCAACCCCCCCAAAAUGUAGGAUCGACUUCCCCUUCGAGGCCGGGCCCUCCAUCUUUCUCUCUCUCUCUCUUUCUCUCGCCCUCCAUGAACUUCCAAGAACGCCGGAGGAGGCCGAGGGGCUACGAACAAAGACAGAGCUGGCGCUUCAGGACUUCCAGACUCACCUGCUGAGAAUGUUGUGGAUAGCCUCACUUUCAAGAUCUUGCCGGAGAGGACCUUGUGAACUCGGGGCGGGAGCGAGGGGGGGUUGAGAAUACUGAAUGUGAGUUUGUACGUGUGAGUGUAAAUUAGAUGUGUGACUUUUGGUAGAUGCGGGUUAGCCGGUGUCUGUCAUUUGUAGGCGAUGGGGGUAAAAGCAAGGUGGGGGUUGGGGGUAGUGCAAAGCAGGGUAAGAGUGGACUAUUAAGGCUUUUUUUUCUUCCCAUUUGGAUGGGUGGGAGGUUAGGAGUACUGGGGGGGGGGGGGCUACACGUGAUGCCUUGCACCUUGUGUUAGAGGAGUCCCUUGACGGAGGUCACAAUGUUAUUCUAGCGCUCUCUUCUUUGGUUGUGACAAUGACUUCAGCUACUAGGUUCCGUUUCCAUGAGUUAUUACUACGUUGUCUUGAUGGAGUCAUUUUUUUCUGUCUAUGUAAAUAAAUAAUUUAUAUCACAAAAUGUA